UUCCCAACUGUCGGAAAACGUUUGAUGCUGGACCGGUCUGUUUCAUGGACGGUUCACCGUCGAGCUCGAACCGUCGGCCCGGUUCGGCAGCCUUCUUCCUCUUCUGUCAGCUUGUGGAAACUGACGGCAUGGACUGUCGCAUUUCCAUCUCCCUGCUUCACCGACGCCCUCCACAGAAACCCUCACAUAGACCGCCGGCGUGACUCCGGCUCGUCGCGGCGGUUCCCGACCAUGUCGUCCUCCGCCGAGGAACCGUCUUGCAACUGGCUGGAGCUGCCGCGGGACAUCACGGCGGCGAUUCUGCAGAGGAUUGGGGUAGUCGAGAUCCUGAGCAACGCGCAGUGUGUGUGCACCCAGUGGUGGAGCAUCUGCAGGGAGCCUUCCAUGUGGAGAACCAUCUACAUGGGCAGUGAAGCCUAUCCCUGGGAGCGGGAGCACCACAGGCAUUUGGAAAGUAUGUGCAGGCAGGCGGUCGAUCGCAGCUGCGGCGGGUUGGUCGAUAUCAGUAUUUUGUAUUUCGGCACCGAUGAACUCCUCACCCAUAUCGCUGCUAGCUGCACACAAAUCAAACGCCUUUGCCUAGUGUCCUGCAUCGGUUUUUCAAAAGGAACAAUCUCUGAAAUUGCUUCAAAACUCUCAAUGCUGGAGGACCUGGAGCUCUCUUACUGCUCGUUAUUGGAGGAAACUCUUGAAGCUGUGGGACGCCACUGCCCUCACCUUAAGUCCCUGAAAUAUAACUGUCACGGUUACUACAACGGUUACUGCUUCCGCAUCCCCUACAUUGGAGAAGACAAGGGAGCACACGCUAUAGCAAAGACCAUGCCCGAGCUUCGGCAGCUCCAACUUGUUGGAAACAUCCUGACUAACGUGGGCCUGGAGGCAAUUCUCAAUGGCUGCCCCCACCUUGAGUUCCUCGACCUGCGCCAGUGUUUAAGCCUCAACCUCGAUGGCAAGUUGGGGAAGCGAUGUGCUGAGCGGAUCAAGGAUUUAAGGCGGCCCUUGGACUCAACCCAUGACUAUGAACAACGCGCGGAGCUGGAGGACGAUUAUUCCUCUGAUGAAGACACUUCUCUGCAGACGAGCAUGACUAUGGUUUCGACCAUGGCAGUUACUUGAGCUAUGAGGAUUUUUACUAUGCUUAGCAUUUCACCGGAGGGGUUGGCGAGGAAGAGACCAUGGGUGCUGCCUCAUUUUGGUUCUGUCCUUUCGAGUCUGCUAGAACAACUCCCCCUUUUUGUGUUUUUGUCGAUAGGCUGUUUUCGGCGUUGUUAUUGGCUGCGUCGUACCUUGAAUGUAUGGGGUCUUCAAUAUUGUGUCUUGUUCCGCAAGAGAGGGUACUAAGGAAUCAUAUCCGUGGUGGUUUUGAAAAA